UUCCUCUAUAAAAUUUAAAUGCUCACUUAGCAAUACUGUCAUGGAUGUAAUGCGCAAUCGCGGAUGGCAGGAAGUUUUAAAUGAGGUUGAAAAUUGUGAUAUUUAUUGGUGUGAUCGUGAAUGGAUCAAAGACAAAUUCGAUAAGAAGUAUUUACCAGAUAAUAUGAGAAUAAACCAUUUUAGGAAUUACUUUGAGGUAGUCAUUUUUAUAUUUUUUUACCUUGUUAAAACUUUUUAA